AUGGACGGCAAUGGCUCUAGCGGCUCCACUGACAACAAGGCUGUAGAGCUAGAACCGCUACGGCAGCCCACCCGACCGCCUACGGUGGGGAGCGGCAGUGGGACGGCUACCGGCGAGUUCGAGAAUGCGGCAGCGGUCACGGCGGUGGCGGCCGGCUUUCCGCCUCAGCGACGACAACAAACUUCCGGCCAAGACUCGGUUGCCAGCCGAUCCUCACAAGAGAGGGCCCGUGAUGAAACCAGGAAGGUCUUGCAAGGCCAUCCCAUCAUGACCAACUUACGAAACAUCACCAAACCCACCGUGGGCAGUGCCGUCACUUUGGCCCAGGACAUCGAGCCCGGCUGGGCUGUCAUUGACGGUGAUGUUGGCGGUCACGGCUACAAUGAGACCAAGGUCGACAUCAUCGCCGUACCGUGUCCCGGUGCGGAACCGCUUCAUCCAUGGACGUGCGACCCGGUAGCCGAAAGUGACUUUGGCUCUUCGGAGAAACCUGGCACGCCAAAAUCCAUGAGACCCCCUUAUGUAUGGAUUCAACAGGGAAUUCGGAACAAGGACCCCUCGAUACGGGUGCUGGUGUACAGGCAUCGAAGCCUGAGAGAAGGCAUAAAUAUUGACAUGCUGGCAACCGACUUGUUGGAGCAAGUAUUACAAAUCCGCCAAGGAGUGCGCCCGUCUCGUCCUCUCUUCUUCAUCGCCCAUAGCAUUGGUGGCUUGGUAGUCAAGCGAGCUUUGCUCAAGGCCCAUGAAGACAGUCGGUUCAGGGAUAUCAAGAACAAUUGCCAUGGCGUUGGUUUCUUUGCCACGCCCCAUCGGGGGUCAAGUUACAUGUCCAUGAGGAACCUUCGGGAAAGCGUCCGCGAGUUGCUCCAGCUGCACCGGGCUCUACCAAACUCGAUAAUAAACCAGAUCAAGGUCAACAUCAACAACAACCCCUGGUUGGACAAGAUGCACGAGCAGUUUGUGGACAUUGCAAGCGAGCUCCGCAUCUGGUCCUUCUAUGAGACCAUCGACAGCGAGCUCUCCAACGCGGGCGCCGACUUUGCCAGCGAGGUCAAGUUCACGGCCCCCCUGGUGUCGGUCAAGUCCGCGCUGCUCGAGCUGGCCAGGGAAGAUGUCUUUGCCAUCGACAACAGCCACGCCAACAUUGCCUCGUUCGGACCCAACAACAUCUCCACCAUGAGCGACUUCCUCGAGGACCUGCAUGAGGCUGUGCUGAAGGCCAAGAGCCUCAGCAAGCAUAUCCAUCACCCGCUGAAGCUGAAGGACCACGUCAAGGUGGAAAUCGUCGGGUUCUACGAGGACCCCGACCCAGAAUCGGACUCGAGCACGCGGCUGUACGCAACCAAGACGCAGCUGGGCCAGUACCUCCAAAAGGGAGCCGAGCCGUUCCUGCAAGAGCGGCUGAGCAAAGUCCAGCACAAGCGCCAUCUGCUCACGCGGGCCUUUACGCUCAAGUCGGCAACGGUAACAGAGACGGAAGACGAUGACGACGGCACGGGCCCGUCCUCGGAGGUGGACAGCGACGUGGACGCCAGCAGCAUUGGCAGCUUCUCUGCCCCGUCGCUGAUCGUCGACCACGUCUCCAGCGCCGUCGGAGCGGACUUUAUGCACCCAGCCAACUUUCCACUUGGCCGUCACAGUGCCGCCCAUCACGCAAAGAAGAAGAUCACCUGGAUCCACGUGCCCUUCAACAAUCCCAUCUGGGCCAAAGAAGUGCUCAAGCGCAUCGAAGAAACCCGCAACCAAAACCUGUCAAAGCUCCUCAGCCGCGAACACUGGCAAACCAAACAAGUCCAAGGCCUCCAGGCCCAAUCGCAGCCAUCGUACCUCAAGCCCUUUGCCUGCCUCGUCCCCGCCGACACCAGUCUUCCCGGGAUCUCCUCCCCCUUCAGCUUCACCGGCACCGCCAGCACCAGCACGCCCCUGACCGACAAACGCCUUAGCAGUCUCUUACCCAGCCCCCGUUGCGUCUACAUUUACUUGCCGUACCUGCAUUUCGACACCUACUGCAACAUCAUCCGGCGGCGCAAGCUGAUCGAAAAGAGACUCGAACACGGGCGCGCCAAACCCGUGCCCGAGUACGUCGAACACCUCGAUUCUUUGGAACUAAAAGUAAUAUGGGAGUACAUCGGCUUCGACCCGCCGCUGAACUGCCGACGCACUUUGGAUCAGUUCGCCUACCCGUCGCUCAAGGACACGCACGCAAGGGAUGACGAUCAGAUGCUGUAUAAGCUGACGAAACACGAUCAAUCGGCUCAUACCGAUAAGUCGCAUUAUGGGGGCAACAACAAGUUUGCGGUGGACCCGCCUAGUAGACGGUCCGCCGUCACGUCGGUGUGCACGGCCAAGGGGAGCGAGCAUGGUACGAGUAGGGAGGAGUAUGACGAUACCUGCUCGGAGGAUGAGUCCGAGUUUGACUUUGAGUGCGACGUUAAGGACGGGAAACUGUUGAUGGUUGAUCAGCUUUGGCUGUGGGCUAUUGAUAAUGAUAUGUUGGCUACGUUCUUUCCGAAACGGGAGUCGAGUCCGAAGGAGGGCACGUUGUUCCAGCAGGCGGAUUUGCGGAAUAUCGUGUAUAACGAGUUGAAUGGCGACUUGACGGGCAGGACGGAUAACGCGCUGGAUUUGGCAGCGUUUAUUGUUUUGCACGCGGUCAUGGCGUUUGUGGAGCUGUCGACGCAUAGGGAUUUGGAUAUCUUUAGGAUCUUUGAGGAGGCUAUUGGGUUGUUGGCCGAGAGAAUGACGCAAAACAUGCGCCGCUUCCGCACCCAGAACUUCAUCAGCACUUCAGCCGACGACCUGGAUGACGACGAUUUCGGCAGCGGCAGGACGCUGUCGAUCAAGGAGCGACACAAGCGCGAGCUGGAAAAGGCCGAGAGGGAGAACAGAGAGAACACGUCUGCGCUAUUGGAGUUGCGAGACAUGGAAGACGAGUUGUCAACGCUUCUCCGCUUGUUCGAAACCCAGGAGGGAGUGGUCAACCAGCUCAAGGAAAUCUACAACAAUCCGAGCUUGAAGGAGAUCACCAAGAACGGCCAGGGAUAUCUCGACAAGGCGAUGGAGUAUUUGACCGAGUAUAAGCAGCUGACGGGCGAAAUGGUAAAGAGGGUAGAGACUACCAAGAAGGAUUACGAAAAAAUGCUCGAAAUGGCCCAACGCCAAGCCCAGGUCGACGAAGUCCGAUGGUCGCGCCUGCAAACCGAGCUUGCCGCCUCGCAAAAUCUCUCCGUCAUGAUCUUCACCACCUUCACCGUCAUCUUCCUUCCCUUGUCCUUCUUCACCGGUAUCUUUGGUAUGAACACGCGCGAAUGGCACGAAGACAAUGGCCUCCCUGACGAAGACCCCAACUACGAACCCUCCACUAUCCCAACCCUAGGUUACAUAGGCGCCAUCGCCCUGCCUGUCUCCUUCUUCCUCAUCUUCACCUCCUUGAUCGCCGCUUUCUCGUCGCGCGUGCAAGGGAUAUGCAAGAAUAUCUUCAAGGCCACCACGGGGAAAAUAAGGCAGGGGUAUCGAGCGAUCAGAGUGGAAGCCAGAAAGAUUGAGCCCGAGAGAAAUAAGAUGCGCAAGGAGAGGAAGAGGAUGACGAGGAAGCGCAUGAGGGAGGAGGAGAGGGCACGCAGACAGAAGGAGUUGUCCUAUGACUUUUGGGCGGACGUGAUGAAUGCGAGGCAUGAGAGGCAUCAGAUUCCGGAUGUUAACAAACAUGAUUAUUGA